CGGCCAGCUUGUUCUCAUCUGCCAGCUUGAAGGUGAAGUGGCCCCAGUCUAGAUACGUCUCGAUGAUCUUCUUGAUGAUAGCUUUCUUGUCUUCGGCGCCGGCGCCCUCUGGCUUUUGGUCGCUUAUCUUCGUCUUAAUACACAGCCCUGGCAUACAGCCUCCUCGGGGACACAUAGUCCGAUGGUUGACACACAGUCGAUUGAGUUGGCACACAGCCUUCUCGGGGAGACACAGUCCAAUGGUUGACACACAGUCGAUCAGGUUGGUACACAGCCUUGGCACACAGCCGAUUGGACACACAGUCCUCUAAUCCUUGUUGCGUUACCUGGGGUAGGUACAUAGCCUGUCUCCUGCAACGGCUUGAUUAGACACACAGUCCGCCGUGCGAUUACCGAAUUAAUCGAAGGAAACGGUCGAAUAAUCAUCGUGACGGCGACCUCGAUGAGCCUUCAGGAAUGCCAGCACUCCCGACCGAGAGAUGCUACCAUGUGGGAUCGCACUGGUACUAGUAUUCCAGCUACA